AUGUCAUCUCCUGGAAUGGGCACCCCCAGUGACCCCCUCCUGGCCAGUCCGGGAGGGGACCGGCUUGGGAUUUCCCAGGAAGGAGCCUGGCGGCCGACCCUGUCCAAGACAUCUAGCUUCCCUUCUUCCACCACGCGCCACCUCAGCCACCGAGCCAACAACUUCCAGAGGCACCCCAAACGGCGGAAACUAAUCCGACCCUCGCCGCCCCCUCCGCCCAACACACCCUGCCCGCUGGACCAGCUGGACCUGAGCGAGCUGCCACCCCGCCGCACCUUCCCUGAACUCCUCUUUAACGGCUGCAUUCUGUUUGGCAUCGAGUUCAGCUACGCCAUGGAAACGGCCUACGUUACUCCCGUACUGCUGCAGAUGGGCCUUCCAGAUCAGUUCUACAGCCUUGUGUGGUUCAUCAGUCCAAUACUAGGGUUUCUGCUUCAGCCAAUCCUCGGAGCGUGGAGUGAUCGCUGUACGUCGCGUUUUGGCCGUCGGAGGCCUUUUAUCUUUGCCUUGGCAAUUGGCGCUCUGCUCGGUCUGACAUUGGUGCUAAAUGGGCGGGACAUCGGCUCAGCUCUGGCAGACACGGCUGACAAUCACAAGUGGGGCAUUGUGCUGACGGUGUGCGGGGUGGUCCUGAUGGACUUCAGUGCUGACUCGGCCGAUAACCCCAGCCAUGCCUACAUGAUGGACGUGUGCAGCCCAGAAGACCAAGACAGGGGGCUUAAUAUCCAUGCGCUACUGGCAGGUCUGGGCGGAGGGUUUGGCUACAUUGUGGGCGGUGUCAACUGGGACCACACCGAGUUCGGGAAGUCAAUGGGAGGCCAGCUUCGGGUCAUCUAUCUCUUCACCAGCAUAACGCUCAUAGCCACUAUAGCCAUGACCCUCACUAGCAUCCCCGAGCGACCUCUUGUGCCGAGCCAGUCUCAGAGUAGAAGCUCCAGAAACCUGAAGAGCCCUAACCUCCCUCUGCCCCCGUCCCCUCCACCACCAGCUGGAGCUGCAUCCCACCGGGAGGAGGAGGAGGAGGAUGCCCUGUACAGUUACCAGUUUUCUGCUCGCAGGUACCCAGAUUCACUGGGUCACUCUUGCAGUGCCAAUGCACGGCUCUGUGCGGGUCUGAAUAGCCCCAUCUCCCCCCUCAGCCCCCUAACGCCCAAAUACGGCAGCUUCAUUAGUCGGGACAACACUUUAACCGGGAUCAAUGAGUUUGCCUCAUCCUUAGGGACGUCAUAUAUUGACAGCGUGCUGAUUGACUGCUACACUGGACAGCAAACGCCCCAGCCGCUGGAGCCUGAGGGAGCAGCCCCUUCCCUUCCCCCAGGAGACACACCCCCUGCUCAGGUGUCACAGCCAGUAGAAGCUCCCGCUCCAACUGAUGAUUCACAGCAAAGAGAAUCGUCACAACCGAAUGGAGGUUUGCAUGGAACUGAAAGGUUGCAGGAGACUGAAGUAGUCCAAGCCAUUGAACAUUUGGAGCCCACCGAGGGCCCAGAGCCAAGUGAGGCUCUGCAGGCUGGAUCACAGAGGGGCAGUACCUCAGGGAUCCUGAAACGCCCUCAGAGCCUGGCCUUAGUGGAUGACCCGCUGAUCGUUCCCAGCGCUGGACUGGAAAAUGGGCGCAGACGGACAGUAACUUUCAGCCAGCAGGUGGCGAACAUCCUCCUGAAUGGCAUGCGUUAUGACAGUAACCUCAGUGACAGCACGGAAACCAUAGACACUCAGAUGUCUAUGAAGCUGCUCUGCAUCGCCAUCUACAGGAUGCCUCCAUCACUGCGCAGCCUGUGCAUCAACCACUUUCUGGGCUGGCUGUCGUUCGAGGGGAUGCUGCUGUUCUACACGGAUUUCAUGGGGGAAGUUGUGUUCGAGGGGGAUCCCAAAGCGCACCACGACUCCAAGGCUUACCAGCGCUACAACGCCGGGGUCAGCAUGGGCUGCUGGGGCAUGUGCAUCUAUGCAUUUAGUGCUGCUUUCUAUUCAGCCAUUCUGGAGAAGCUGGAGGAACGUUUCUCGCUGCGCUCACUGUAUUUCUUCGCCUACCUGGCGUUCGGUCUGGGCACGGGUCUGGCCACACUCUCCACCAACCUGUACGUGGUGCUGUCCCUGUGUGUGACCUACGGCGUGCUCUUCUCCUCUCUCUGCACGCUGCCUUACUCACUGCUCUGCGAAUACUACCAGAGCCCACAGUUCUGUGGCUCGUCAGAGGAUGGGACCAGGCGGGGUAUGGGGGUGGACAUCUCUCUGCUCAGCUGCCAAUACUUCCUGGCCCAGAUUCUGGUCUCUGUGGCGAUGGGCCCUCUGACCUCACUGGUGGGCGGGGCCCAGGGCGUGAUGUACUUUGCCAGCCUGAUGUCAUUUGUAGGCUGCCUGUACUCCUCGCUGUGUGUGGUGUACCAGCUGCCACCUCCGGAGGGUGAGCACCCGCAGAGCAGAGCGGACGUUGAGACUGGGGUGUGAGUGACUACAGCUCAGCCUUACGGAGCAGGCGUCCAAAAACGGAAGAAACGGGCCAAACCCCUUUAUCGGUUUGGCGGCGUGCAGGAGAUCAGGAAGACACAUUACGAACAGUGACCAAGCUGGACUGUCCUGAGCUCUUUCAUAUGAGGUGUGCUUGCAAGCUUGGUAAAAAUGUGCAGGGGAUACUUUCCCAGUGGCCACUAGGGGGCAGACCUUCAUGCUUCUCACUUGGAACAACACAAAAUGUCGAACUCUUCUGUGCUCCGAGAUCACAGAGGGCAAGUUUUUCCGAAGUUAUGCGGUUGGGUUUUACCUCCUGGACUGGGUUCAGCCCUGACAUCCAGCGGUUCAAAGGCUGUUUCAGG